ACUUACCAAAUGCCUUGUAAAGAUUGGGGUCACGUAAAGUGGUAUAAUCAGUUUCACUCAUUAUUCAGUAACAUUAUUCGUUGGUUGACGUCAUCGAGUUAAGCAGUCUGAAAUUCUCAGACAAUGUUCUCUUAGCAGUGUUCCUUCAUAUUACUAAAAAAGGUGAAUGGGAAUUCCCAAGUAUUAACUGGGGAAUCACCGUUGAAUGAGAAAAUUGCUUGUACCGUGUUGCUGCUUAUCACUUAUGGUGAGGAAGACGUCAAGCAGCAAUUUUGAGAAGAUAGUGCGAAACACAGGAAUUCGAAAACAAGAUCAUAAGUUGCGCACAUUAUUUCCGUGGAUAGGCGUCAAUAUAUUGUUACAGAUUGUGGUCGAGAAGAUCGUGCUUAAUAUUUUCAACAAAAGAGUUAGUCAUGAGCGAUUACACUCAUCAAGAGGAGGUUCCCUCGAGAAGGUUGUCAUUCUGGUUAACAACAGAGAAGAAGACAUGUUUCCGGAUAAAGAGAUAAGUUCAAUCUUUGAUCGAAAUGUAUUCGGUACAGAAAAUUGUUCCUUUGAAGUGAAUCCAGUGGAUCAAGAAAUAAAUGUCGCUAAAACGACACAAAAUAUCAGUGUAUUUGUUGGUGAACGUAGUCAACGCAAUGUUUUCAGUUCGUUUGAACAAACUGGUGACGGGAGUUAUCGCAACCAGACAAGUGAGAUCGAACCGUACCAUCAAGGAGAACCAGAUUUUCAAGCUAUGCAGCUGGACGAUAGCCUUCUCGUUAACAACAGAGAAGAAGACCUGUUUCCGGAUGAAGAGAUAAGUUCAAUCUUUGAUCGAAAUGUAUUUGGUACAGAAAAUUGUUCCUUUGAAGUGAAUCCAGUGGAUCAAGAAAUAAAUGUCGCUAAAACGACACAAAAUAUCAGUGUAUUUGUUGGUGAACGUAGUCAACGCAAUGUUUUCAGUUCGCUUGAACAAACUUAUGACCGGAGUUAUCGCAACCAGACAAGUGAGAUCAAACCGUACCAUCAAGGAGAAACAGAUUAUGAAGCUACGCAGCUCGGCGAUAGCCUUCUCGUUAGAAAGAGAGAAGAAGACCUGUUUCCGGAUGAAGAGAUAAGUUUAAUCUUUGAUCGAAAUGUAUUCGGUACAGAAAUUUGUUCCUUUGAAGGAAUCCAGUGGAUCAAGAAAUAA